CAUCUGAAAGACAGAAAGAGAAUCCAUGAAAACUACAAGUAUAUAUAAAUAAAUGGGACCAUUACCAACUAACUUAAGUUUGUGAAGGUGGGUUCAUAACUUUCGGCCAGCCGACUUUUUCCAUAGUCGGCAUUUCCCAUUCCUGAAUUUGAUUACUACGUGCAGAUCUGUCCUCUCUAAUUUUAACCUUCAUUUCCUUUUCCAAUUAAAUUCUCUCUCCUCCUCUCUCAAGACUCCAAAAAGUGGCAACCUUUGUUGUGUUCUUUCCCCCCUUGCACUGAAGCUGUUUGAUCAUUUGCUUCUGAGAAAGAAGGUCAAAAAAAGGCUUAAUGCUAUCUGGGUUUUCGUUGUCUCCACUGAAAAUAGCAUGAGCUUCAGCUUUCCACCGGCGUCACUAAAUACGACUUGGGACUAUUAGCGCUUCAACUGUUUUUGCCUUGUAUCCUGUGUUCUGCAUAUAAUUUGGUAAUCUGCUGGGAUUUGGGCAGAAUGUUUCGGUUGUCAUCAGAAUCACAAAAACACAGUAGGUCAUUCAGGACGGUGUUGGCAUCAGCACUUCUUGAAUGGGUGCUCAUUGUUAUGCUGCUUGUUUAUGGGUUAUUUGGAUACUUGAUUACAAAAUUUGCACGUUAUUGCGAAUUGCCCCUCCCUUGUUUGUUAUGUUCAAGGAUUGAUCACAUUCUGGGAAGCGAAAAGGUUGGAUUUUAUCGGGAUAUGAUAUGUGGAAAUCACAAGUUGGAAAUCUCAUCCAUGGUCUACUGUCAUUUUCAUGAGAAGCUUGUUGAUGUUCGCGGGAUGUGUGAAAGCUGCCUCUUCUCUUUUGCUACAAAAGACAAAUCCAAUUCUGAAACAUACAGGUUAUUAGUUGGUAAGUUGGGAGGAGAAGAUCUUAGUGGCUCUGAUGAUGACCCUGUAGAUAAUGAUCAUAAGACGAAGGGCUUGAAUAUGAAGCAUUGCUGUUGUUGCAAUGAGUUGUGGACCUCAAGACGUCAUGCCCAAAUAUUGCUUCAGACUAAGUCGAUGGGGUGUGAUGACACCGAUCUUGAUUUUCCUUUGAGCCGGGAAAUUAGCCAAGAUCUCAUCAACUUGAAUAAGGAAGCUAAGUCAUUGCAACCAUCCGCUGAUACUGGAAGGAAAGCCGAGGAUUCUUUGGAUCAAUUUGGUUACACGGAACUGAAUGUCACCUCUGAUGCUGAAUCAGAUAUUCAGAUGUCGGAUGCUGAAGACAAUAGACCAUUGAUUUCUAAUGAUCCGCUAAGAGAUAUAAUAUUAGAUUCUACACGGAUGCAACCCUUUGUUGUUGUAUCUGAAGAUGAAUUUCCUUGUGACAAGCCAGUUGAUCUGAGAACAUCAUCUUCUGAACCCUUAGAAGCAUCAAACCUGGUGCAAUCCGAAAUCAAUUAUCCCCGUGAUGGUGCAUCAUUAGCACCACCUGCUUCUGGUAUUGGACAUGGGUUGGAAGAACUGAAUUGGCAAGAGAUUAGUGUUAAUCUUGAUGCAUCUUCAUCAACAGACCCGACACCUUUCAGUAAAGCGUCAGAGUCACCAAACGAUCGGAAUGCCUUCAUAAGUUCAUUAGAUGAAUCAAAUGUUGAAGAUGAAAUUGUGAAGGAAAAAGUGGAUGCCAAUGACUCGAAGAACUUGGAUAAUAAAGAACCUCGAGUUGUGCAAACAUUAGUGCAUGGAAGUGACAGAAUAGAGAUGUUGGAGAGCUUGCAAACACAUCUUAACAGUUCGAAGGCGACAUCUGAACACAAGGAUGGUGACUUGGAAAAGCCAAAUCAUUUGGAUCUUGGUGAUGCUUAUCAGCUAGCUAUUACCAGCAAUGGAAAGCAGUUGUCUGGCAAGCUGGCUGAACAGCUGGCUGGAAAGGAUUCACCAAAAAUAAGUGCAGAUUUAAAGCUUUUGCUCUCACAAUUGUCACGUGGAUCCGAGUUUCUCUCCAGUGAUAUAUUGAGCCCUAGGGUGUCUAGGAAUCCUGAUGAGUUCAAGGCCUAUAAUUCAUCUACCUCUAUUGGGGUGAAAAUUCUUCAAAAGAGGCUCUCACUUGAGAGAAAUGAUUCUAAGACCUCCCUGGAUAGAAAUGAGUCUGGAGUUGGGUCUUUGGACUUCAGUACUGUUAGUGAUAUUGAAGGAGAAAGCGAACUUGAUCGAUUUAAACGGCAGCUUGAGCAAGAUAAGAAGUUAUUAACUGCUUUGCUGAAGGAAUUGGAGGAAGAAAGGAAUGCUUCUGCUAUUGCAGCAAAUGAAACAAUGGCAAUGAUCACAAGACUACAGGAAGAGAAAGCUGCCCUACAAAUGGAAGCCUCACAUGACUUAAGGAUGAUGGAAGAGCAAGCUGAAUAUGACAUGGAAGCCUUAGAUAAGUAUAAUGACCUUGUGACAGAGAAGGAGAAAGAAAUUCAAGAUUUAGAAGCAGAGGUGGAGUAUUACCGGACCAAAUAUCCAAAUGAGUCUUUCUUGGAAAAUGUUGGGGAGUCAGCUUCAAAUCCAUGUUUAAGUGACAGUGAGAAAACUAGAGAUGCUCCUAACAAUUGUAAUGCCUUCGAUGAAAACAGUAAGAGUAAUUCACAAGAUCAAUUGUUACUAAUUGAAGAUGAAAGGAAAUAUAUUUCAGAGUCUCUAAUUAAUCUGGAGAAAAAGCUAAGCGCUUUAUGCUGCACAAGAGCAUACUCAGACUUGACGAAUAGUGAUCAAUCAAAACAGCAAAGGAAGGAUUCAUAUGAUCCAAAGUUGGCUGGAGAGGGUCAAAUGAAGAGAAAAACUGACGAGAAUGGUUUAGUAUUAGAUAAUGAUAUCAUCAUUCCCUCAGGAAGCCAUCAGACUCUAGUUGGACAUGUUCAUUCUUUUAAAAAGUCCAAAUCUGCUGGAGCUGAACAGGGAGCAGUGAUGGUUAAGGAAGCUAAUAUUGUAGCUCUUGUUAAUGAGGUAUCCAGUCUAAGUGAGAGAUUACAAGCACUUGAAGCUGAUCGAUGCUUCAUUGAGCGUUCUAUCGACACACUUAAAAAUGGGGAGGAGGGUUUAAUACAGGAGAUUGCCUCUCACCUCCGAGAAUUAAGGAUGGUUGGGAUCAGAAGAUAUGUUAAAUUUAACCCACUAGAAAGGUAAUCGUGGCGUAGGUUCUACUAUGCUCAUCUGAUCUGAUCGAUAAAAACAUUGUAUCGCACAAGUAAACCCAGUUUUUUCGUGGUUCAGAAAUGGUUGAUAUCAGUUGUUCACUCCUGACUCCCAGGUCGUAUAUACUUACUUCAAUUUGAAGAUUGAAAAUUUCAUCUCGCCACUGAUUUAGUUGUACAUAGCUUGUUUUCCGGUUUUUUUUUUUUAAUUUCGUGUUAUCGGUCUUUUUGUAAUUUUGAUGAUAGUAUGAUUCAUAUUCUUGUUAUUAGAUUUUAGAGUUGAAAGAGAAGAUAGAGGCUGUUGUAUACUUUCAUUGUUCAAAUUGUGGGUGUAAAUUAAGCAAAAUACAUAAAAAGGUUAAUUGCUUUGCCACCCUUGUAUAUCAACUACGAAGUGUAUUAAGAAUAUUCAGAGAGUUGUUUGCUGA